CACUCCAUCCUUUUCACUCUUAAUAACUCUCUCUCGAAAAGAGCAAAAGAAAAAGUUAGGCGAUAUCGAAAACAAAGCCAAUCUCAUUUUCAGUCGAAAAGUAUGGCCAAGGUAUUGCCCAUCAAGUUCAAGAGGGUAGCCGCGGCCUUUGACGAAGCGGCUCGGCUCUGCGAGAGCAGCGGAAGCGAGCAUUCGCCGUCGUCGGAGAGCUUUGCCGAGCUCUCUGAUCUGGUGACGUCGUUCAUGGAGAGAGAAGGAAGGGUCAAAGCCGAAGAGGAUAAUGAUGAUGAGAAGUUGAGCAAGGAAGAGUACGAGGGCAAUAAUUUCGAUGAUUGUUUGUCCGAUUCCGAUGAUUCAUCGACGAGGGAGACGUUGGAGGAGAUUUUUGCGAGGGAUUACAAUGGCGACGAAGUGAAGGCGAAGAUUGGAGCUGAAGUUGAGCUCGCUUGCGAGUUCAUCGGGAGGGAUCGUGUGAAUAUGUCGUCGCAUGAUUUUAAGCGACGGUUAAUGGCUCGUCUUCGCGAGAGGGGCUUCGACGCCGGUCUCUGCAAAUCUAGAUGGGAGAAGACUGGGCGAUUACCUGCCGGAGAUUACCAGUACAUAGACGUCAAUGUAAACGAUACCCGCUACAUCAUCGAGGUCUCCCUAGCAGGAGAAUUUGAAAUUGCUCGCCCGACCGAUCGCAUCACUUCAUUGCUCAAAUUAUUUCCUCCGAUAUUCAUAGGCCGGCUCGAGGACUUGAAGCAAGUGGUGAGGAUAAUGAGCACGGCAAUAAGGCAGUCCCUGAAGAAGAGGGACUUGCUAGUGCCUCCUUGGAGGAAAAAUAGCUACUUGCAGAACAAGUGGUUCAGCUCCUACAAGCGAACUACUAAAGGGGUUUCGGAAGCUUUUGGCACGACCAAAUCUCAGGAUAGUCAGAUUACGAAACAUCUCAUCGGAUUCGAGGCCUCUAGAGUAAAGGAUUGUUUUUGUCGCGAGGAUUUCGUGAGGAAGACUAGGUCGAGAAUGACUGGGAAUUUAACCGCUGUUUUCGAUGGCCACGACACCAGCUUGCAUCUCUAGUUUGAGUCGCAGCAUCAGUUAAGGCUUGCUUCUCUAGAUGAUUGAAGUUUCUCUCCAUUUAUAUGAUUGUUUAUAGGGAGAUUUUUGUGGACAAUCUCUUUACGUAGCGAGAUUAGUCUUCUACUCCUUACUUUUCAAGAUCUCCUCCGAACUCUCGAUCAGAAGUGGAGCUCGAUCGUGUUGCAGGAGGGUGGACCUUUGUUGUUUCAAGAACUUCAACUGGAAUCCUAAGCAAAAGGAGUCGACGCCCUUUGUCUAUAAUUCGAACCUUUGUGCCGGCGGGUCGACCCGCUCCAUUUCAAGAAGCCAAUCUCGGACCCUUGAAACAUAGAGGGCCGACCUCUACGCCGACGGGAUCGACUUCUUUUGCUAAGGGCUCCAUUUGGAGUUCUUGACACGAGAACGGAGUCGAUCUUCUCAGCAACGACAUCAGUCCCCACCUCGAAUAAGGGAGAGAGGAAGGAGAUAAAGUUAGGAAGAGUGAGUCAUGUUAUUGUACAUAUAUAUCCAUCAGAUCAUGUGUUGCUAUGCAUAAUGUAAUAUAUUGCCACAAUAAGAGGAUAGAAAUUGUAAAUUUGAUCAAGUGGCAGGAUCUGAUUGGAAAUUUUAA